AUGUUCCGUGCAGCAGUGCCUUCUGGGGCCUCUACUGGCAUCUACGAGGCUCUUGAGCUCAGGGACGGCGAUAAGGCUCGAGAUGUCGGUAAAGGUGUCCUGAAAGCCAUCAAGAAUGUCAACGAUAUCAUCGCCCCCGCUUUCAUCGGCAAGGAUGUCACCGACCAGGCUGGUAUCGAUAAGUUGAUGGUUGAGGAGUUGGACGGUACCCAGAACCAGUGGGGCUGGUGCAAGGCCAAGCUCGGUGCCAACGCCAUCCUUUCCGUCUCCAUGGCUGCUUGCCGUGCCGGUUCCGCUGCUCAGAAUAUCCCUGUGUAUAAACACAUAGCUGAUAUCUCGAGGAAGCGCACCGACCAAUUCACGAUGCCUGUUCCGGCCUUUUUCCCGUUAUCAACGGUGGAUCCCACGCAGGUAACCGCCUUGCUUGUCAAGAGUUCGUGA